CCGGAAGUGCUUCCGGGCACCGGAAGCGGGGCGCGCUUCCCUUUGUGGCGGCCGGCGGCGCCAUGGAGGCGGAGGCCGAGCGGCGGCGGGAGCGGAGGCGCCGGGACGUGGCGGUGAAGGCCGAGAAGCGGAGCCCCCGGCGCUCCGGCUCCCGCUCGGCGCGGGGCAGCCAAUCUCCGCCUGCCGAGGAGCGGCGGGGCCCGGCCGGGUCGCGCCAGGGCAGGAGCAGCAGGUCGCCCAAGAGGAAGAGCAAGUCCGGGCGGAGGAGCCGGUCCCCGCGCGGCAGGAGGAGCCGCAGCCCGCACCACGCCGCCGUGAAGGUGAAGCAGGAGCGAGAUGAUCACUGCCGGAGAGGAAACGAGGAGCGAAAGCAGAGAUACCCAUCAGAACCAGAACACAGGAGAGACAGGAGCGGUGACAGAGACAGGCACAGAGACCACGCAGACAGAAGGAAGAACCUGAAUGAGCGGCCUGGAGUCCGUGGCCACGAGCGAGAGAGGGAUGUCCACAACAUCCGUGAGCAGCAAGCAGAGAGGGAGUUUUACAAUGAGAGAAGACGAGAGCAUCGACAAAACAACCAAGGCAGUGGCGCUGAGCAGAAACCAGAACUGGGGCAGUCUGAUAACAAACCUAAAGAAAAACCUGCUGUGAAGAAAGAGAAGCCAAGCUUUGAACUGUCGGGGGCGCUGCUGGAGGACACCAACACUUUCCGAGGUGUGGUGAUCAAGUACAGCGAGCCCCCUGAAGCGCGCAUUCCGAAGAAGCGCUGGCGCCUUUAUCCCUUCAAAAACGAUGAGUUUCUGCCAGUCAUGUACAUUCACAGGCAGAGUGCUUAUCUGCUGGGCAGGCACCGCAGGAUUGCAGAUAUUCCCAUCGACCACCCCUCCUGCUCGAAGCAGCACGCUGUGUUUCAGUACCGGCUCGUGGAGUACACCCGUGCCGAUGGUACCGUUGGCCGCAGAGUGAGGCCCUACAUCAUCGACCUGGGCUCUGGGAAUGGCACUUUCCUAAACAACCAGCGGAUUGAGCCGCAGCGCUACUAUGAACUGAAGGAGAAGGAUGUGCUCAAGUUCGGGUUCAGCAGCAGGGAAUACGUUCUUCUCCAUGAAUCCUCGGAUAAAUCCGAGGCCAACACAAAGGACGAUGAUGAUGAUGAUGAGAAGGAGGAAGAGUCUGACAGUUAACAGAUGAGGAGGGAAAGGGAAGGGGCAGGAGAGAGAAAUUGCAGUUGAACGUGCAUUGGAGCAUCGCAGCACUGAUGCCUCUUAUUGCCUUAAAGUCCUUUUUCUGUUGCUCUUCUGUUCUCAUAGUUUGUUUUGGGGGACUUCCCUGGUUAUUCAUUUCUGAUAGUUCUGCAUAUUGGGAAAUACAGCUUUUCUUUGUUCUUUUUUUCUCCGCUUUUCCUCCCCAACAAGCAGAAGAGCACCUGGAUGUGAAAGCUCUGAUGCUGGGAGAACUCCACAGACGUUGAAGGACAUUUCUGCCAGGAAAUGACUUAGAACACAGCUGGUGUAUUUGAAAUGAUUUUUAUUGACUGUUUUCUCAUAGCCCUUUGAAAAUGCUCCUUAACAGAAAUCUUAGUUAGAAAGUAACCCCAUGAGUUUUGUAACACAUCAUGUUCCCUAGUUGGCCAAAUUCCUUUGCCUGAUAGGAAUUCUGGACAGGAGAGUUUAGCUGGCUGGCUAGUAAUGAGGUGGAGAAGUUGGCAUGCGCUGGGUACUUGGUUUGCCUUGUGAGGGUCUUUCACUGGAAUUCACCACCCAAAAAUCACGAGGCAAUUGGAAAUAGAAGUCAAAGUCUUCCUGGGGCUUCAGGUGCUGCUGGUGUGGUUUGGGAGCCGAGAUCUGGGUCGUCUUCCCACGCAUGGUGCUGAGCUUAUGCUGGAUAUCAAGUGUUAGGGGCUGGAGCCUUUAUUUCUGGCACCACCCCAGCCCACAAAUAACUUCUCCUUGGUUUUGUUUGCAUUACACAAAGACCUAUGUGGUGAUUUGUUUCAACCCGAGUUUGCACUAUUUUUCUUUUGAUAAAGAAAAUACACAAAUCACUUGUUUAAAAUACUUCCCCCCCCCCCUUGAAACAAGGCUUUAAGAAGAGGAUGAACAGUUCCACUCCCUCAAGUACAUGCAUCUUUGGAUGUCUCCCCCCCCAUGGCUUCACACUGUAAGAAACAUGCAUUUUCCACGCUGCUCCCAGUGCGUGUUUGUUCCGUGGUCGCGGGCUCUCUGACCUGUGCUCAUGUGCUGUGCACGCAUGUUGCACACGUUCCAUGUUGCACGCACAGGCUGGAACACUUGGGAUGUAAAUACAGGGCAUUGCUGCAGGGUUUCACAUGGUAGGUAGCGUUUUGACUCGGAGGAUCUCCUUUAUAUUAUACUCUAAGGGUUUUUAAAUAAAGAAUUUGUAAAUUUAGCCCUAA